AUUUUAUUAUAAUCAUGUUUUUGAUAUUUUUUUUAUCAAUUUUUAUUGCAAAUUCUGUGGGACAAAUACCACUUUAUAAGAAGCCUAAUAUUACUUCAAUGUUAAAUUUGAACAAAUCACAGAUUACUGGUCCAUGGUUUGAAAUUUCAAGAAUUCCAAAUGCCUUUGAAAUUGAUGAUAAAUGUUCAAUUUUAACAUAUGAAUUAAAUGAAAAAUUAGGAAGUUUUAAUUUAUCUCUUGAUGCAGUAAAAUCAAGAACUGGAAUUAAACAUAACUCAAGUGUUGCGGCAUUUCCAAAAAAAAAUGGAGCAUUUAUUUUACGUUAUCUAAUUGUUCCACCAAUUUAUCUUGGUACUUACUAUAUUUUAGAUACGGAUUAUACAAACUAUUUAGUAGCUGCUGCAGUUACAUCUGAUUCUGAAAGGUCAUUUGUGUUUGCCUGGAUAAAAUCAAGAAGACAAACAAUUUCAUCUGAAGAUUAUGAAAGUGCUGUUGAGGCUCUAAAGACCAACAAUAUUCCUCAUGAUGCAUUGAAAUUGGUUACCCAGGAUUGUUCAACAAGCCCUGGACAAUAA